AUGGCAUUGUCACUCAUCAUUUCAUCAGUGUUUGCCAGUCCUUCAGGAAACAAUGACAUCGUCGUGGCUAUCCAAGAGAUGGAGAGAGCAAAUUACUUCACCUUUGUCAUGCUUAUAAACAUGGUUCCUCCUAGUCUGUUCCAAGGCAAUAUCACUUUCUUGAUGCCAAGUGAUAGAUCACUCUCUAGAACAAAGAUACCACAAAACAGUGUUGUGGAUCUCUUGCUCAACCAUUCGAUUCCCUCCCCUUUGCUUUUCGAUCACCUUAUUCAUUUGCCCACAAACAGCACGCUACCUACAUCAAACCCCGACUUGAUGCUUAAGGUCUCUAAUAGUGGCAGACGGGAUUUGUUUCUUGGGAAUGUUAGAAUCGUUAGUCCUAAUAUAUGCACACAUGGGUACUCGGUGCGGUGCCAUGGAAUAGAUGAUGUGCUUAGUAUUGAGAAACCUGAAAUCACAUGCCCUAGAGUUGCCUCUCCAAUUCCAGGUAUUGCCCCACUGUUGGCACCUGCUAGUCAGGCUCCUGCAUCAACUCCACCUCAUGCUGACGCUUAUGAAACCUCAGGUGGUCGAAGACCACAUAUAGAGUUAGCAUUGCCAUGUAUCACGUUUAUGUGGGUAUUAUUUAUAGUAAAGUCGUGUGUUUGA